UCUCUGUACGCGGCCGAUGGAAAGAGCAUCCACACCAGCGCAGCGCACCGCCAUCCGUAGAUAGUAGAGUGUUGUUUAAAGGUAUUGUGGGGGGCGACAUUCUCCUCUCUAACCCAAUAAUAGAAUUAGAACACACAAACGCCCAGCCUUAGUGUAGUGAGUGUAUCGUCGCGCAGAGGCCAAAUCGGUGGAUAGUCUGGGCCGGUCGGUCGCGUGAAAAACAACCCAUCGCCAGUUGUGUGAACCCCGCUCUCGAGAGGUGUGUGCGCUCAAGUGUGUAGUGCCGCUAAUCUAAUUACAUACUAUCUGCUAUCCGGUACCUAAUCGUGGUUCAUCAUCAUGAGAGAAAUUGUGCAUCUGCAGGCCGGUCAGUGCGGAAAUCAGAUCGGAUCAAAGUUUUGGGAAAUCAUCUCAGACGAGCAUGGAAUCGAUCCAACUGGACACUACCACGGUGACAAUGACCUCCAGCUGGACCGGAUCGACGUGUACUACACGGAGGUCAACGGUAACAAGUACGUCCCACGUGCCGUCCUCGUCGAUUUGGAACCGGGUACCAUGGAUUCGGUUCGCCAGUCGCCCUACGGUGCCCUAUUCAGACCGGACAACUACGUGUACGGUCAAUCCGGUGCCGGUAACAACUGGGCCAAGGGUCACUACACAGAAGGUGCCGAGCUGGUAGACAACGUCCUGGAGGUGAUACGCAAGGAAUCGGAGAACUGCGAUUGCCUGCAGGGCUUCCAGCUGGCACAUUCGCUCGGUGGUGGAACCGGAUCCGGUAUGGGCACACUGCUCAUCUCCAAAAUCCGCGAAGAAUACCCCGACAGAAUUAUGAACACAUUUUCCGUUGUUCCAUCGCCCAAGGUGUCGGAUGUAGUUCUCGAACCGUACAACGCCACCCUCUCGGUUCACCAACUGGUGGAGAACAGCGACGCCACAAACUGCAUCGAUAACGAAGCGCUCUACGACAUCUGCAUGCGGACGCUGCGACUGGCCAACCCAGCCUACGCUGAUCUAAACCACCUGAUCUCCGUCACAAUGUCCGGAGUGACGACGUGCCUCCGGUUCCCCGGUCAGCUGAAUGCCGAUCUGCGCAAGCUGGCCGUCAACAUGGUUCCAUUCCCGCGGUUGCACUUCUUCAUGCCCGGCUUCGCACCGCUCACUGCCAAGGGCUCGCAGCAGUACCGUGCGUUGACCGUGCCCGAGCUGACCAACCAGAUGUUCGACUCCAAGAACAUGAUGACGGCGUGCGAUCCCAGGCACGGCCGGUACCUGACCUGUGCCGCCAUCUUCCGAGGUGUCAUGUCGAUGAAGGAAGUCGACCAGCAGAUGUUGAACGUCCAGAGCAAAAACAGCAGCUACUUCGUGGAGUGGAUUCCGAACAACGUGAAGGUCGCCGUGUGUGACAUCGCUCCGCGUGGCCUCAAGAUGUCGGCAACGUUCAUUGGCAAUACGACGGCCAUCCAGGAGAUCUUCAAGCGCAUCUCCGAACAGUUCACGGCCAUGUUCCGGCGCAAGGCUUUCCUGCACUGGUACACCGGCGAGGGUAUGGACGAGAUGGAGUUCACCGAGGCCGAAUCGAACAUGAACGAUUUGAUUUCCGAGUACCAGCAGUAUCAGGACGCGUCCGUUGAAGACUACGAGGAUGGGGAGGAGAUGAUUGAGGAGGAAGGUGAACAACAUGUGGAAUAGGGAGGAAGAAUAGAUGUGCGUGAAGCGCAUGGGAGAUUACCAGUUGUUUGUUGCCUUUUCGGAAAAUGUGUUCCAUAUUUACGACCAGUUUUAAGUAAGACAUCCUAUACGGUAAAGUGAAUAAUAAAAUAUUAAAAUUAGAUGAUCUUUUUUUGCGAAAUAAAUAUUGGCCAUUUUAGA